CCGACCUAAGAGCACCCCCUGCGGCUUGCCGGGCCCCCCUCGUCCGCGCUGCUCCGGAGACGCUCCCCUCGCCUCCAACCUCUCUCCUCGACCUGGCUCCGUGCUGGCCAGGCAGCGGCCGCGGGUCCGGCAUCGGCCCCAUGGCUUCUGCGGGGUCGUCCACCGCGCAGAGGACCUUCGAGCUGGAGAACAAGGUCCAGCAGGUGGACGACAAGACGCUAUACGCUUUCGACGAGGAUGAGCAGGAGAAGAUCUAUCAGGCCCACCCGUGGAAGGAAGACGUGCACUUCUUCAAGAACGUGCGCAUGUCCGCUGUAGCGCUGGUCAAGAUAGUGAUGCAUGCAAAGUCUGGUGUGCCGAGCGAGGUGAUGGGCCUCAUGCAGGGGAAGGUCACGUCCGAUGGGAUUUUCAUCAUCAUGGAUGCCUUUCCGUUGCCCGUGGAGGGGACCGAGACGCGAGUCAAUGCGGGCGCAGGUGCCAACGAGUUCAUGGUCACUUUCACGGAGGCCUGUGAGAAGGCUGGCAGGGCCGAGAAUGUCUGCGGAUGGUACCAUUCGCAUCCAGGUUAUGGUUGCUGGUUGAGCGGCAUCGAUGUGCAGACGCAGAUGCAGUACCAACAGCACCAGGAGCCCUUCCUCGCUGUGGUGGUUGACCCUGUACGGACCCACGCUUCGGGCAAGGUGGAUAUCGGAGCUUUCAGGACAUACCCUUCAGGAUACACCCCUCCAGAUGACGGUCCCUCGGAGUACCAGUCCAUUCCUUUGGACAAGGUGGAGGAUUUUGGGGUCCAUUGCAAACAGUACUACCCAGUGCCAAUGGAGUUCUUCAAGAACAGUCUGGACAACACGAUUCUGGAGCUUUUGUGGAACAAGUACUGGAUCGACACGUUGGCGUCCUCCCCGCUCCUGCACAACCGUAGCUUCUGCAAUCAGAUGGUUCAUGAUUGCGUCCAGAAGAUGGAGCAGAUUGACACAGCGGCCGUAGCGCAGUCCAGACUCCGGAUGGCGAUGCACGAGCCCAAGAAGCGCAAGGAGGACAACCCGCUGAGCAAGGUGUCCAUCGACGCAGCCAAGAAUGCUGGAGAGCAGGUGCAGGGGCUCACCAACCAGGU